AUGACAGAAACAGAUUCUCCUGACUUUGACUUGCUUUGGUAUCUAGAGAAGCUUAAUAAAAAGGAAUUUAUGAGUUUGAAGAACCACCUUAAACAAGAGUGUCUGGAGAUUGGACUGCCAGAGAUCCCAGGGUUUGAUCUAAGGACAGCCAAACCAGAUCUGGUUAACCUGUUGACAACCUUUUACGAGGCACAGCAUGUCUGGAAUAUGAUGUUGAGCAUUUUUCAAAAGAUCCGUCGUGCAGAUCUCUGUGAGAAGAUCAAAGCUAGACGAAAACGUAACAGGGAAACACACAAAGCUCUCAUAAAGAAUAAAAUACUACUCCAGUGGGAAAAAUGCCUUUUCGAAAAUGUUCAUAAUACCUUCUAUGAAGAAACAAUAGUAGAAGUUCUCAGAAAACUCGAUACCGUAUAUGACCCCAGGAGCACUUUUUACACAAAAGACGUAUUUCUGGUAGGAGAGAAAGGAGCGGGAAAAACGAUGGUUAUGAAAGUGGUGUUGUUACAGUGGACACACGGUGAUAUUUGGAAAGAUGUCAUCUCAUAUAUUGUUCAUCUCACCUCUCAUGAAAUAAACCAGAUGUCUGAGAGCAGCUUGGUUGAGCUGAUUUCCAAGGAAUGGCCCAGUGGCCAGGCUCCUGUUGCAGAUAUCCUGUCUGAUUCUCAGAAGCUCCUCUUUAUUCUCGAGGACAUGGACAAUGUGGACGCCAGCUUAAAUGUAGAUGAAUCUGCCUUGUGUAGUGACAGCAGAAAGCACGUGCCAGUAUCAGUCCUCCUGUCAAGUUUGUUCAAGAGAAAAAUGGCUCCAGGUUCCUUGUUCCUCAUCUCCUUACGGCCGGAUGGCAAGGCAGCUGUGAUGGCAUCAGUGAAGAAGAAUUACUCUAUAACACUGAAAUUUUCUGAUGAAAAGAGGAAGAAGUACUUUGCCUUAUUCUUUAAGGACAGUCAGAAGGCUACGAGAGCCCUCAAGCUCGUCCAAGAGAAUGAUAUGUUUGUGAACCUGUGCCAAGUACCUGUCUCGUGCUGGAUCACCUGUGUUGCCCUAAACCGGCAGGUGGAGAUGGGAGGUGAGGGGAAACUCUCAUGCCAAACACUCACUGACUUAUAUGCCCACUUUCUUGCCAACACACUGACAUCUGGGGCUGGGAUAAUGACCAGUCAGCGCCGCCGCACCCUAUUGGAACGUCUUUGUUUGUUGGCUCUAGAAGGACUGUGGCAUGACAUGCUGCACUUCACUGAUGCGGAUCUUAGGAGUGUUGGGCUGACGAAGGCUGAUGUCUCUGCGUUGAAGGCUCUGAGGAUUCUUUUGCCAAGCAGCAACUGUACCGACCGCCAUACUUUCAUACACUUGAAAAUCCAGGAAUUUUGUGCAGCCGUGGGAUAUAUGAUGUUACUGAGUGAGUGCCAGAUCCCUUCAGCCAACAAAAAGUAUCCAGAGAGAAGGGAACGGUACAAUGACUUUAGCCCCAUCACCAUGUCUAUUUUUGGUCUUCUGAAUGAGAAGAGGAGGAAAAUUCUCGAGACAUCCAUUGGCUGUAAUCUGUUGACGGGAGAGCUCAAGAAAUACUUUCUACAGAAAAUGAAAUACAUGGGUGAUCAUCCAAAGACAGUGGAACACCACAUGCCUUUGUUUUAUUGUCUCUUCGAGAAUCAGGAUGAAGAAUUUGUGAAACAGAUUAUGGACUCUUUCCUAGAGGUGACCAUUUAUAUUCAAGAAAACAAAGAUCUGAUGGUUUCCUUAUAUUGUCUGGAGCACUGCCGUCUCCUACAGAAACUUAAGUUGAGUGUUCAAUGCAUCUUUGAAAACAAAGAGCCUCAUACGCUAACUCCUAGUUAUAUUUUUCCCUCCAGCAGUAAAAUGAGGAGCCUCGUCUAUUGGAGAGACCUCUGCAAUUUACUCCACACCAAGGAGAACCUCAAGGAACUGGAAAUUUGUAAUAGUGACUUUGAUGAUACCUCAGAGAGGGUUCUGUGCAAAGCUCUGACACACAGCAGCUGUCACCUUCAAACACUCAAGUUAUCCUAUCUCUCAGUUGGUACCAGAUUUGAAGAUGUGUUCAGGGCUAUUGUUUAUAACCCGAAUCUGAAGUUCCUGAGCCUGAAUUGUGUGCCCCAUUCCCUAAAAAUGUUUUCACUUUUAGGUGAGGUCUUGGAGAAUCCAGUCUGCAGAAUACAGCAUCUGAGCUUGAUGAAAUGUGAUUUGAAAGCUAGCGAAUGUCAAGAAAUUGCCUCACUCCUCAUCAAGAGCAAGAACUUGAAGAAACUGACCUUAUCCAACAAUCCAUUGAAAAAUGAAGGGGUGAAAAUUCUAUGCAAUGCUUUGCUCCAUCCAGACUGUACUCUUGAGUCACUGGUGUUACUCUUCUGCUGUCUCACUAAAACUGGUUGCAUAUCCAUUGGGAGAGUUCUGAUGCUCAGCAAAACUCUAAAGCAUCUUGAUCUGGGUGUGAACUUGCUAGAAAAUCUUGGAGUAAGCAUUUUAACGCUGCCCUUGAUGUUUCCAACCUGUAAAUUACAGGAGCUGGAGCUGUCUGGCUGCUUUUUCACCAGUGAUGUUUGCCAAAGUAUUGCCUUAGUUCUCACUAAUAAUUCAAACCUGAGGAGCUUGGAGCUUGGGAGCAAUGACAUCGGAGAUAAAGGAGUGGAGAUGCUGUGUGAUGCUUUGAAACAUCCAAAGUGCAAGCUGGAGAACAUUGGGCUGGAAGAGUGUAUGUUAACCAGCGGCUGCUGUGCGUCUCUCGCCUCAGUUCUUAUCAGAAGCAAAACUCUGAAAAAACUCAAUCUUCUUGGAAAUGACUUGCGUGAUGAAGGGAUUCUGCAACUUCUGGAGGCCUUGGGACACCCAGAUUGUGUGCUUGAAGCAGUUGGGCUACAAAUAAACAGCGUGGCUGCAGAAACCAGGAAGUCACUACUGACCGUAAAAAAGAAAAACACGAGACUCACCCUCCUUUAUCAGUCGUGGGCUGCAAAGAAAGGCAGAGAAGUCAGUUACAAUGUCGGCGAUAUUCGUGCUGUAAGUCUUCCUCCGACUGUUCCGGUGUCGCCCAGACUUAACUGGCAUUUGAUCUGUUUCCACAUGCCCAGAAAAUUUAGACACAAGAAGUCAGCUAAAGUUUCUAAGCAACCCCCUCCAUCAUCUUCUACCUGAAAUGGAUUUGACAUAAAUUAUGACCACAAUUGAG